AUGAGAUUCGAUUGGCGCAGGUGUCCCAGUGACGACAAUACUCAUAUGUCUCAGUUAACACGAUUCGCGAUACUGUCUACCUUGAUGGAGGAUCAUUGUGGUGGAAGCGGAAACGAUGACGGGCUGCUCUACUACCUCAAUCUCUCGACAUCCUUCGAUACUACAACCUCAAACCUGACUGCCUUGUUCGGCAACGUAUCCAAAGCCGGAGGAAUCGCAAACAAUAUCGCCCCGACCUACCGCGACGGUGCCAUGUUCGCUAACGACAACGAGUUAUAUCUUUACGGUGGCCUCCUCCGUCUCACAGACAGUCAAGACCCCCCAGCCGGCAACAGCGUUCUUGGCUACGAACGAUAUCAGUAUGGCCCAGACCGAGAAUCCUGGCAACCGGGCUUUAUCAUCGACAAUCUCAACAGCGGCGUGACCAGAUACGUGACGAAUGGCGCCGGAGUCUCCGCACCGAGCGAAAACCUGGGGUUUUAUUUCAGUGGCAUGCGCGGGAAAGACUGGGGACCUAUCUAUGCUGACGAUGAAUCGGCCAAUGUCACAUCCGACCGCAUAAUCAAGGUGGACAUGUCGACCAUGCGCGAGAACAAGUGGUCUAAUCUGUCGUUACCGGCAUAUGUGCCUCCGCGUGCUAAUGCUGAGCUUGUUUGGAUCCCUGUCGCUGAGAACGGGGUCUUGGUCGCGAUUGGGGGAGUGAUUAAUUCAGCCACGAUCUUUUCAUCGGAGGGAUUGACGAGUGCCCAGCAGAAUGCGAGCAAGAGGGUAAGCCCGGGGUUCAUGGAGACAGUGUCUGUCUACGAUGUCAGCAGUGAUAAAUGGUAUCUGCAAAACACAACCGGGGACAUUCCUCCCCAGCUGACCCAGUUCUGCUCGGUUUAUGCGAGCGCACAAGACAAAUCCUCCCACAACAUCUAUAUCUACGGCGGCUACGACGGGCUGAGCACAGAGAACACACCCUCCGACGAUGUCUAUGUCUUAUCCUUGCCCUCCUUCAGCUGGAUUAAGCUUUACAGUGGAAAUAGCACCCAUGGUCGGAGUGGUCACCGCUGUGUCAAACCAUAUCCGGACCAAAUGCUUGUUCUCGGAGGAGUGCAUCUUGACCCUACGCAUUGCCUCGAUGGUGGAGUGGUCCAAGUGUUCAACCUGAACACCGGCAGGUUCCAAAACACCUACAGCCCGACAAUCUGGGGCGAGUACAAAGUACCGGACCUGGUCACUGCCGUCAUUGGGGGAGACUCCAAAGGGGGCGCCACGAAAAUAUCACUCACCUCCUGGACCAAUUCAUCUCUGGCAGAUGUGUUCAAAACCAAAUACACCAAGACCAUCAAGACCUGGUACCCCUACAACAGCACCACUAGCAGCUCACCUACCAUUACCCCUGUCCCAGCCAAAGGAUCCAGCUUCCCCCGGUGGGCCGGCGCCAUCAUCGGCGUUAUUCUAGGCCUCCUUCUCAUCACAGCAGUGGUUAUAUUCUGGUGUCUUCGUCGCCGUCGCAAGUCCCGCGAAUCACAAUCCACAAGCGAGCAACCAGCUCGAUCCUGGAUUCUGCGGUGGAUGCAAACCGGUGGGUCGACGACUGGCGUACCGAAGUCAGGCGACACAACUGCAUCGACAGGGUACAGUGCAUUUGCGAAUGAUUCAAAUAUUACGCCGGCAACCGCGGUGUCACCGUGGAGCGUAGAGGCAGGUGGUGAUCCCGUUUACGAGAUGCUAGGCCAUACCACCGCACUCCCCGUGGAGCUUCCCACACCGUACAACAAUAAUCCCCUCCCCAGUCCGGUUUCGAGCUCCGGCGUCUCGGGCACGGACUAUGUAUCCCCUGUCACGGUUAGCACACCCAGUACGGAGGGUGAACCGAGCCCGGUUAGACCGUCGCAUCAUCGCCAUGUGUCUAGUUUAUCUACUGUACCGACUAUAGCGAAUGUGAUGCGGGCGGAGAGUGGUCACCGGCAGACAUAUAGGUCGGAUAUAUCAGAACGGAGCGUUGAGCUUGAGUGUCCGAGGGGGGUGGAGCUGAGUGGGAGCACUCCCCAAGAAGGGAGAUUGGAGACGACAAGAGAGGUUAAUGAGGUUGAGGGCUUGGGGAUAAAGAAAUUGCCGUAG